AUGGGCAAUGAGGGCUCAAAGGGCAAAUCCAAAUCCGGCACAACGAUCCAAGGGACGCUAAAUGGAAUUCGGGGCGGCCCCUCCUCGUCCACCGUCACAAAACAUAUGGAAAUGGCCCAGAAGACGCGUGUGUUGCAGCUGAAAAACUCUGGCAUCAAGAAAUUCCCCGAGAAUGCAGCUGAGCUUGUCGAUAUUUUGCGGAACAUCGAGCUCAGUCAAAACAAGCUGACGAUGCUGCCGCCGUUCAUCGGCGACUUUUCACAGCUGAAGCAGCUACAUUUGUCGGAUAAUUGUCUCGAAUCUCUACCGGAAGAAAUAGGCCAGUUGAAUUCGUUGGAGGUGCUGAACCUGGCAAAUAAUCGGCUCACCGUUUUGCCCUCGUCUUUUCCAAACCUGGAAUCGUUGCGGAAUUUGGACCUGGAGGGGAACUCCUUCCAACAAUUCCCAUUGUCCCUCGUCAAGCUAGGUGAUCUUGACCUCCUCAAUUUGGCUCAAAACGGGAUCACUGAAAUUCCGGACGAGAUUGCCAGCCUCAACGUCAGCGAACUAAACAUGAAUCGUAAUCGUUUGUCCCGGAUAUCGCCGCAAAUUGGAUACUGCCCCCGUUUGAAGGUCCUGCGGGUAGAGGAGAAUUGCCUUGAGAAGACGGCGUUUACAAAGCAAAUUUUGGAAGAUUCGACGAUCAACAUUAUUUCCUAUGCCGGCAAUUUGUUCCAGGACAAAGAUUUUCAGUAUCUGCCCGGCUACGACGCUUAUCAGCUUCGCUACACGGCCACCAGGCGGAAAAUC